UGUAUCGGCGGGCCUAGUAAAUUAUCAGUUUGUGCCUUUGACGGCUAACCAUCAAUUGGCUCCGUAUUCAAAACACACAGUCGGUAUUAAAAAAAAUCAGUUAAUGUUUAAAUAAAUUGCCAAGUGAUUAUUAAUCACGUGACUAUACUUGUAAAAAAUUUCCGCGACAAAUUCGCGGUGGAGCACUUGCGUGGACCGAUCCAAACUAUCGACACAUGAUCCAUCGUUUUUACGUGCGAUCCGUCAUUGCUUAAUUUUUCGUCAUUCACAAUCUUUCCUCGAUCGUCUCAAAUUUCUGCAAAUCCGCACGAUUUUUCCGUCUUGAGAAACUCGAGAUUAUGCUAUCUCUUCAAUCUCACAAUCAGGUUUUAUACCAUUUAACGCAGUUAUCAUUGGCAGUGACUCCUAGAACAACUUUAUAUUCAGUCCAAGCUAAGAAACAGGAUGAAUCCCUACAAAAGAAUACAGAGGAGAUGGCAAUUUGCCAGAACAGUCUUGAAGAGGCGGCAAAAAAUUGUACUGAGCUACUGGAAAUGAAUUUAAAUGCUUUAAGUGCAUUAACAAUGAAGAACAAUAAGGUGUAUGUAAUGUUAGAUGAUCUAGCUAUCAGUGUAUUUAGGAGAUCGUUGGAAGAGAAUAAUAAGUGGAAAGUGUCUUAUUUAUCUGGCCUAAGUUUUGCCGACAACAAACGGGGCUUCCCAUACUCCUCAAUUACAGAGCCCAUUAUUCUACCUGUCAUACAUCUAGCAUCAAAACAGCAUUGUAGACUGUUACACACAUGGUAUGCCAAAGCGCUACAAAAUCAUAUACCAAUUCGUACGUUCAAGUCUCAGCGUAGUAUAAAAUUGGAACUUGAGCAAAAUCCAACAUUCAUGAGCAGAAUAAAAAAAUGGCUUGGCCUCUCUUCUAAUCUUCAUGUGAGCUCGGUACAUGAACCAAGAAGUUCGGACUUUGAAAAAAUAAAACAGAUCUUCAACAAUACUGAUGUAACAGCAGACGAGCAGAAGAGAAUAAAAAUGGCUUUUGUAGAAGGAUAUGAAUCUGGAUUGCAACGGCAGAUGCGAGGACGAACAAUGUUAUUCAAAAUCGUGCUAAAUAUGAUAGCUGUUUCUGUGUUCCUAGUUAUCCUCAUAAUUUGGCUUUAUCUUAGUUAUCCAGGAGGAGGAAUAUUCAAGCUUCCUAUGAGCCAUAGAAUUGAAAUCGAUCCCGAGGACAUCCAUGUUACUUUCAAUGACGUCAAAGGGGUGGAUGAGGCAAAGCAAGAGCUUUUGAAUGUAGUGGAAUUCUUGAAAAAUCCCGACAAAUUUUCUGCUCUUGGCGGAAAGUUGCCGAAGGGUGUCCUGUUGGUCGGUCCACCCGGGACAGGAAAGACAUUAUUAGCGCGCGCAGUCGCUGGAGAAGCUGGUGUACCGUUCUUCCAUGUGGCAGGUCCUGAAUUUGACGAAAUCUUAGUUGGCCAGGGUGCUCGGCGCGUCAGAGAUUUAUUCCGGGCAGCGAAAGAAAAAGCACCAUGUGUAGUGUUUAUUGAUGAGAUUGAUUCCGUAGGUGCAAAAAGAACAAACUCGGUUCUCCAUCCUUAUGCGAAUCAGACAAUUAAUCAAUUACUUUCCGAAAUGGAUGGCUUUCGCCAAAAUGAAGGUGUCAUAGUUCUUGGUGCUACAAAUAGACGCAAGGAUCUCGACAAAGCGUUAAUGCGUCCAGGCCGUUUCGAUGUUGAGAUUUAUAUUAAUAAACCUGAUUAUUUUGGUCGUAAGGAGAUAUUAGACCUCUACUUAUCUAGAAUAUUGACACAUGAAGUUGAUACAGUUUAUCUGGCACGUUGUACUACUGGAUUCACCGGAGCUGAUCUUGAAAACAUGAUAAAUCAAGCUGCACUACGCGCAGCGAUUGAUGAGGCGGAUUGCGUCACCAUGAAACAUUUGGAGUAUGCUAGGGACAAAGUAUUGAUGGGUCCUGAAGGCAAGUUAAAGUUACGUGAUGAGGAAGUCAAUCGUAUUACAGCAUAUCAUGAAGCUGGACAUGCUCUAGUAGCAUUUUACACAAAAGAUGCCACACCACUUCAUAAAGUUACUAUUGUCCCACGAGGACCAUCGUUAGGUCAUACUUCUUAUAUGCAUGAGAAGGAUGUUUAUCAUGUUACAAAGUCACAAUUGUUAGCUAAUAUGGAUUCCAUGAUGGGUGGUAGAGCUGCAGAGGAGUUGACAUUUGGUCCAGAAAAAGUGACGACUGGAGCUUCUUCCGAUUUAGUGGAGGCGACAAAGAUAGCAGAGAUGAUGGUAAAAAAUUAUGGAAUGUCAGAAAAAGUGGGAUUUAGGUCAAUAAUAGAGAAUAAGAAGCUUUUUGGUAAUAACAAUACAUAUGCUCCAAGCACGAAUGAGCUCAUUGACAAUGAAGUAAAGCGGAUUUUACAGGAAUCAUAUGAACGUGCAAAAUCAAUUUUGAAAACGCAUGCAAAGGAACAUAAACAGCUAGCAGAAGCGUUAUUACAGUAUGAGACAUUGGAUGCGGAUGAUGUGGCUGCCAUUGUCAAUGAAACAGGACUCAGUAAACGAGAAUCAUCUGCAGAUCCAAAGAGAUCGACAAAAGGAUCUUAAUCUAAACGCGGUUGUCUGAGAGUGUUUGCCGAGAAGGUAGGAAUCAAGCAUAAUUAUAUAAAAUUUGCGCGGACAUACAAUUUGGAUAAUGAUCGUUGUAUUUUAUACGAACUUAUAAUUCAUGAGAGACUUAAAAUACACUCGAAAUAUAAAUCGUGAGUUUUUUUUUAAAUUUUAUUUUGAAUUACCAUUUUUAAUCGAAAUACAAAUUUAAUAAAAAUAUAAAUUAUCGCACUCAAAUGUCUAUUUAAAUGUUUAAAAUACUUUAAAUGUAUAUAUACAUCACAAAAAUAGAUGCUGUUCCUAUUAUUAUAUUAACAGCACUUAUUUCCGUUCAUUUUUUUUGUUAUUUAAAAUUUUAGAAGAUGUUAUAUAUGUCCUUCCCAUAAGCUUAUAUAAAAUUUAAUCAUUAUUCUAUAUUUGACAAAUUAUAAUAAAAAGAGAUUAUCAUUGUUUAUGCAUCAUAUCUUUAUUCUAAAUCGAUAAAUAUUUGUUUUUAAUGCAGCAGCAUCUAUUUUUGAACGGAAUGUUUAUUGUUGGUUAAAUGCCAACUUCGGUCAAUUAUCAAAUUCCGCGAAAAAACGCUGACAAUUCAUCUCAAACUUUAAAUAGAAAUGCGUCUUUAAAUAGAAGAGAUAAAAAUUCUGCACUCGUUGGAAAUUUUAACGAAAAAAAAACAGCUGCUAAAAAAAUGUAUUUGAUCAGAAGAAUUGCGUUUUCCGGAAAAUUCAUCUUUUGCUCGCAAUUUCUUGAUUUUUUUUCUGCAAUGGUCUACAUUCGUUUAUUUAAAGCAAUAGCUGAAUUUUUUUCUCAAAUAAAAUGAAAAUCAUCAAAAUAUCGUUAAAUUAAUUAUUGGCUAUUUUGUCUUCCCUUCCCUGCUUGGGAAACUGCAAUUGAAAAAUGACAAAAUGUCCAGCGAAUAUAAAAAUAUACCGGAAACGUAACAAAUUUUGAUGUAUCAUUAAAUAGACAUUAUAAAUAUAAAUUGUACUGAAUUAUGUAUAUACAUAUACACAUAAAUAUUUAUAUACAUAUGUCU